AAAGCAUCUGUCAGUCGCACGCGAAGCGAGCGCUUUUGGCGAGGAAAAAAAUCAUGGCAGAAGAAAAAGUUACCACGACGAUACUUUCCCUCUUUGUGUGUGCAGCGAAUAAUCCUUGAAAAUCUUCAUCAAUUUGCGAAACAAAAUCGCCUAUUUUGUGCUUAAACGGUCGAGGAAGCGAUCGUGAAUACAAUGGAGGAAGAUUGGGAGCAACUCAGCGAGCAGGAAAAGGUGCCCAUUCCUGCCAAGAAACCGGACGUCAACAAAUGGGAUGGCGAGGAUGAGGAGGAAGAAGUGAAGGACAGUUGGGAAGAUGAGGACGAGCUUGAGGAGAAAAAGGAUGAGGAAAAAGUGGAAACUCCCAAAGCUAAGCCGAAGAAAACCUUGCAACAGAAAAUUGCCGAUAAAGAGAAAUUAAAGCAAGAAGAAGCUGAGCGACGAAGGUUAGAAAAGGAAGAAGAGGACAUGACUCCCGAGCAGAAAUUGGCUGAAAAGCUCCGACUUCAGAAAUUACAAGAGGAAUCUGAUCUGAAGAAUGCCCUGGACACAUUUGGAGUGACGUCCAUUGUUGGCGGAAUCGAUGGUAUGCAUCCCACCAACAAGGAGGAAUUUAUCGAACUUUCCGAUGCCAUCUGCAAGAAGCUUUCAAAUUACAAAAACGAUACCGAGUAUUGUGCGUUUUUGGAGGAUCUUGUCACCAAGUUGUUCGCCAGUUUGCCAUCGGCCAAUAUUAGGAAAGUCAAAGGUAUUCUGGACAAUCUUUAUCUAGAAAAGCAGAAGUUAGAAAAGGGUGAUAAGCCCAAGAAAAAGGCGGGCGGAAAGAUUAAGGCCAGGCUACGAAUGGAUGGCGAAAAUCAAAACUUUGACGAAUACGCUCCUAAGUACGACGAUUUCGAUGAGUACGAUGAUUUUAUGUAACAUUCGCUAUAAAUAGACAAAAUGUUACAAGUUCGCUCGGACGUGGCAAAGAGUGCACGUGAUUGACUAACGUUCCGAAGUGGAAAACAAAUCGAACGCUCAUCUAGCAGAGAUACAACCCCUCAAACAGGAAUUAAAGUAAUUUUCUUGCAUAACUAAUCAAAACAUGAAAAUGAGACUUUUUUUUUGUUAUCUAAUUGAACUAUGUGCGAUAUUUUUGUCUGUCGCUUUUGUUCACAACCCCUUUAUUUUACGUUGCUAGCCGAAUGGCCGACCACAGUGUUGUCCAUCGUAAGAUAGAGUUCCAUCCCUCAUUGCAAAUUAGAAUAAUCAAUUGUCUCCGUUUGUUUCUGUUUAGCCCUUUCUACAAGUAGCUAUUAAAUAAAAGUUGGCUGGAACAAACAACUGUGCUGGAUAAGAGGAAGAUAAGAAUUAGGAUUUUCAAUUUAGACCGUUGUAACGAACCAUGCCGAAAACAAAACUAGGACGAAAAGAGAGCGCACGCUACAAUGGCCAAACUUACAGAAAACGAUAUCAUGUCAAAGCUACAAAGUAUGAUUUUAGCGAUCGAACUGUAUAGAGUUGUGGUCAAAAGGCAGGAUAAAUACUGGUAGGCUGCAUAGAGUUUCUGAGAAUGUGUAAAUAGGAGAUAAAAAAAACAUUGAAUAAAAGUUUCGACGCAGAAAAAGCA